AGUUUGAAGGGUAUACAGGGACUUGUUCUUAAACAUUACAAACACUCUAGAAUGGUUUACAUUGGUAUCUCAUUUGGUAACACCACAUCUUCAAUUGCUGCUCCAUCAAAGGACGGCUCUAUCGAGGUCAUUGCUAACCCAGAUGGUGAGCGUGCGAUCCCAUCUGCUUUGGCUUACAUUGGUGAUGAUGAGUACCACGGUGGUCAAGCUUUGGCUCAUUUGAUUAGAAACCCUCAAAACACCAUCAUCAACUUCAGAGACUUCCUCGGUGAGUCUUAUGAAAAGGUUGACCCAACUUUGACGGAGAAGAGUGCGAAGGCUCAAGAUUUGAACGGCUCUGUUGGAUUUGAAGUCUCCAUUGGUGAAGACAAGGAAGCUUUAAAGCUUACUGCACAGGAGAUCACUGUUAGACACUUGAAGAACUUGAAAGCUGCAGCUGAAGACUAUUUGGGUAAGUCUGUUGAAGGUACUGUGAUUGCCAUCCCAACCAACUUUACAGAUGCUCAAAAGAAGGAGUUGAACAGUGCCGCUUCUGAAGCCGGUCUUAAAGUGGUUCAAUUUAUCAGCGAGCCAUCUGCUGCCUUGUUGGCACACACAUCUGUUGACGAUAAGCUUAUCACAGAUAAGACAUAUGUUGUUGCUGAUUUUGGUGGUGUCAGAUCCGAUGCUGCAGUGAUCUCUGUCCGUGGUGGUAUUCUCACAGUACUCGCCACUGCCCAUGACUACGAACUUGGCGGUGACAAGUUGGACGAUGCUCUCAGUGAAUACAUUGCAAAGGAAUUUGAGAAGAAGUACAAAGUUGAUCCAAGAAAGACUGCUCGUUCUUUAGCUAAGCUUAAAGACGCUGCCAUCUUAGCAAGAAAGACGCUUUCAAACGUUUCCACUGCUACGAUCUCCAUUGAAUCUCUAGCUGAAGGUAUUGACUUCCACUCUUCCAUAAACAGAUUGCGUUAUGAAUUGACUGCUAGAAACGUUUUGAACCAAAUGACCGAUUUCGUCGAAGCCGUUGUCAAGAAAGCCAACUUGGAUGUGUUGGACAUUGAUGAAGUGUUGCUCGUUGGUGGUGUUUCAAACACACCAAAGCUUGCGUCAAACAUCGAGGCUGUUUUCCCAGAGUCCACCGCUGUUAUUGCCCCAUCUACUGAUUCUAAGGCCACCUACCCAGAGGAGCUUGUUGCGCGUGGUGCAUCCAUCCAAGCCUCCUUGUUGGAGAACUUUGACGACGAGGAGAUUGCUGAAUCCCAAUCCCCAGUCAUCAUCAACACGCAGCACUUGACCAAGGCCAUUGGUCUGGUCGGUGCUGAAGGUGAGUUCAUCACUGUUCUGAAACAGGAGUCCACUUACCCAAUCCGCAAGACCUUGACACUGAACUCUCCAAAGGGUGACGUUCUUUUGACCAUUGUCGAAGGUGAGGCCACCGUCAAGGAGACCACCUUGGAGCCGGAAGCCCCAGAAGACGAUGAUGAGUACUCAGACGAAGAACCAGAGGUGAUCAAGGAGAAGCUCUACAUCCCAGGUAAGAAGCUCGCAGAGUUGGCCGUCAGAGACGUCACCACCGACACCUUGGACGUUGUGUUCAACAUCACAAAGGAAGGUACCCUCUCUGUGAGCGCCAGAGAGCCAAGACAAGGCUCUGUUCCAUUCAAGGGAGAAGUCUCUCAUGACUGAGAACACCGUGUAAGCCUUUCACUCGGACUUGUUUAGUGCUUCAAAUAGAGAAAACAACAACAAACACUGAAUUGCGUAGCUUAUGUAAUCCCGCCGUGACACAAAAAGCCGUUGCGAUGAACUGGCGGUUGGCGCAACACACAUGAAAAUUUUUCUUUC